GUCAGAGGUGAUCCGCUGCUGGGAUCCGAUGGACGACUCUCUGUUCUGAGAGGAAGAUGAUGAUGAUGAUGAUGAUGAUCCUCCUGCUUGUUUCCCAGCAUGCACUGGGAGGAGUGGUGGAGGUCAAUGAGGGGGCGGAGUCUGUCCUGCUGCCCUGCAUCUACUCUGGUCAAAUACCUGAAGACAAUCCGUUACUCAUCUGGACUCGCAGUGACCUCAGUCCGAACUCCGUCCACCUGCAGAGAGAAAACGGCGACGAUCUUCAGAACCAGAACCAGCGUUUCAGGAACCGGACCUCCAUGAAUCCUGACGCUCUGGACACUGGAAACUUCAGCCUGACUCUGAGGAAACCUGAGCAGAUUGAUGGAGGAAACUACACCUGCAGCAUCUCUAAUGGAAGAGAAGAACUGAACCUGAAACAGAUUCACCUGAAGGUCAAAGCUGAUCAGCAGGAGGUCGAGGUCACUGAGGGGUCAGAUUCUGUCGUCCUGCCCUGCACAACAUCGUCCCGCCUUCCUGAGGACACAUCAGUGGAGUGGACCCGCUCAGAACCAGAAUUUAUGAUGGUUCACUCAAGCAGCAACCAGAGAAACCAGGACGGAUUUUACCGCGACCGAACAGAGAUGGACCAAGAUUUCCUGAGGACCGGAGACGUCGGCCUGACCCUGAGGAAUCCCACACACAGAGACGCUGGACGCUACGUCUGCACCGUCUACAGAGACCAGGACGUCCUGAGACACACGCUGGUUCUGAAAUAUGUACAGAAAGAACCCUUUCCAUCCUGGGCCACAGCUCUGCUGGUUCUGCUGGUUCUGGUUCUCAUCGUCUCUGCAGGAUUUUUAUAUCAUUUUAAAGAUUUUUUCCUGCCAGCUCCACAGGUGCAGGUGGAUUCAGGGUUAAAUCUGUCCUGCUGCCCUGCAGAACCAACAUUUACCUGCCAGGUGGCGCCAGAGUGGAGUGGAGAGACGGAGAGAACAAGACGGUCCAUGUGUAUCCGAGCGGUUCUGAUGAUCCUGAAGAACAGAACCUGA